GAAAAGGGCAGGUAAUCCAGACUAAUUUUAAAUAUGCAGGGGGACCAGUCUAAUCUGGAGGAACUUUCGGAACACCUCAACGAUUAUCGCUCAAGGAAACGACUUGUGGACCAAAAAAAAAAGGGCAAAAAAACCAAAAAAAAUUGAUAUUAUUCUAUCAAUAUGUCUGCACCAAGAGACUGGAGUUUAGACUGUAAAGUGUAUGUUGGAGAAAUUGGUUAUGGUGCUGCCAAACAGGAACUUGAGGACAUCUUCUCAGAAUAUGGGCCAUUAAAAAAUGUUUGGGUUGCAAGAAAUCCUCCUGGGUUUGCUUUUGUUGAGUUUGAAGAUCAUCGUGAUGCAAGAGAUGCAUGUGAUGCACUGGAUGGAACAAGAAUCAAUGGCAGGCGUGCUCGUGUGGAAAUGUCAAGUGGUAAAUCCCGCUGGGGUAGUCGUGGACCACCUCGCAGAGGAGGUGGUGGAUUUAGAGGUGGUAGAGACAGCUAUAGACCAAGAAGAUCAAGAUCAAGGUCACCUUACAGAGGUGGCAGAAGAUCACCUUCACCUUCAGUCAGACGCCGUUCACCUCGUUAUUCUCGCAGCAGAUCACCAAGAGACAGGUCACCACGAGGAGGUUCUCCACGUGCCAAUGUUUCAAGAGAAAAAUCACCACCUAGAAGAAAUUCUACUGAAAGAGGGAGGUCACCAUAUGAUGAUGAUGGGAAAUAAAAUUUUGUCAUAUAUUGGGUAUCCACAGAAAUGCAUACACCAGAAGUGAUGUUCAAGUAAUGAUGAUUAUACUUGAUGGAACUACAAUUCAUUCUGUUCUGAAAGCUGUUUGAUCAUAUAUAUUUUCCUGUAAAAAGGUGUUUUUUUUCCACAUCUCUUUACAUAAAAGACAUAAUCAUCUGUUUUUAAGAGGGUUUUAAACCACUCAUGUAGCUCAUUUAGUAAAACAUAUGUUCAAUGGACAUUGGAAUUGUAAGCUCAAGUCCUAGGGACAUAAUUGUUUUGAUUUGACUGUUUAUUUGAUGAUGUAACAUAAUUCUGAUGUAAAUAUUUAACCUUUGCUGGAACACUGUGUUAAUAGAAUACUUUUUUACAGUUGCACUUAAUGCGACAAAAAAAAUCUUACACUAGCAUGCUGUCAAAAUAUGUUAUAAACAAAUGUAAAUAAAGACUGGUUUCCUUGA